AUUGAAGAGAAUACUAAAUUAGUUCCACCAUUUUUGGCCAGACUUUCCGUUAUUUCGUCGACAAGCAUCAUUAAAUCAUAACUAUUAGAAGAAGAAAACAUCGCAAGUAUCGGUUGCAUAUUUUGGAGAUAAGUAUAAAAUGUCUGAAUUAACGGAAGUUGAGAGUAGUAAAAUUUUCGGAGGCUGGCAGAAAGUAUAUACACACAACAGUACAGAAUUGGGAUGUAAGACAAGAUUUGCUCUCUACAUACCAUCUCAAGCUGAGAAGGAAUCAGUACCGGUUAUCUACUGCUUAUCUGGUCUUACUUGUACAGAGGCUAAUUUUAGUCAGAAAGCCGGAGCGCAGAAAUAUGCUGCAACUCAUGGUGUACUUCUUGUCAUACCUGAUACAAGUCCAAGAGGGUUGAACAUUCCUGGAGAGGAUGACAGUUAUGACUUUGGUACUAGUGCAGGAUUUUAUGUAGACGCGACAUGUGAACCAUGGAAAAAAAACUACAGAAUGUACAGCUAUAUUACAAAAGAAUUGUCAACUUUGAUUAAUAAAGAAUUUCGAACUUUGCCAUCUAAACAAUCUAUAAUGGGCCAUAGUAUGGGAGGACAUGGCGCUUUAAUUUGUGCUUUUAAAAACCCGGGACAGUUCAAAACAGUUUCAGCUUUUGCACCCAUAAGCAAUCCAAUCUUAUGUCCAUGGGGAAAAAAAGCUUUCUCAGGAUACUUGGGAGGAUCAGAGGAUAAUGCUGCAUGGAAGGAAUGGGAUGCUACCGAACUAGCAAAGAAAUAUAAUGGCCCACCUUUGGAUAUUUUAAUUGAUCAGGGCAAAGAGGAUAAGUUUCUGAAAGAAGGCCAAUUAUUACCAGAGAAUCUACUAAAUGCUGCAAAGGAUAAGGAUAACAUCGCACUAACUAUCAGAUUUCAAGAUGACUAUGAUCAUAGUUAUUACUUUAUUACUACAUUUAUUGAAGAUCACUUUAAACAUCAUAUGAAAUAUCUUAAAAAUUAAGAUUGUAUCCAAAAUUACUGUACCAAAAAUAUGUAUUUUAAAAAAUUGAGAUUUUGAUAUUAUAAUUUAUAAGAUUUAUAUUUCUUAUUUUAAUGGAAAUUUACAUUGAAAUAAAUUUAAAAAAUACUACAAUUAUGGUUAUAACUUUUGAGUUUUAUAUGAUAAAGAAUAACUUUUAUACUUUCUUAUUUUGUUCAAAAAUUUAUAUUUUACUACAUGUAAAAAUAUGGAAUUAUAAAUAAUAGAAAUAUUGUAUAUCUGAA